GUGUGUCCAAAACACUCACGUCAGGACUUCAGCUCACAAUCUUUCAGUUUGGAUUCGUGUGAAUUAAACAAUCACCGGACGAGAGACAGUGAGAGUGAGAGAAAGCGGCACUGAACAUCAGCUCAUGCUCAGCCUGUCAGGUUGUCUGUCCUGUGACUCAGAGAUCAUAUGGUAACACAGGAGUAAACUGGUUCACACAUCAGAGAUGGAGCAUGUCCAGCUGAUAGUCAGUUGAGGAGAUCCAUCUCAUGACAGCCUUGUGUAGAGAUGUCGGGUGAAACCAGUACGUUGUCAUGGAAACUGCCUCCUCCCGGUUCACUGAUGGUAUCCACUGAGAAUCAAUGCAGGGGGCCGGUGAAAAUCCUCAAAGUGUGCUUCAUAAGCAACAGCGCCAACCUGGGCAAGAACUUCAAACUGGUCAAAUGUGAAAGUUCCUGGAAUAUCAGGAGAAUUACUCAGUCCAUCCUGGACAGCGGGCGACUCGGUCCCAACAUCAAGUUCUCUGAAUGCUACGGUCUGCUGCUCAAACACCUCAAAUCAGACGAGGUUCACUGGCUGCACCCAAACCUCACCGUAGCAGAAGUGGAGCAGAAAUAUGAACAGCAGCACGUCGAGGCGGAGUGGAGAUAUGACUUGAGGAUCCGUUACAUUCCUCCUGAUUUCCUGGAGAAGUUAAAGGAUGACAAAACUACAAUGCUCUACUUCUACCAGCAGGUUCGCAGUGACUACAUGCAGCACAGUGCGAGGAGAGUUAGUGACGGGAUGGCGCUGCAGUUGGGCUGUCUGGAGAUCAGGAGGUUUUAUAAAGACAUGAAUGCCAGUGGCCUGGAGAAAAAAUCUAACUUUGAGCUUCUGGAGAAAGAUGUUGGUCUGGAUUUGUUCUUUCCUCAAGAAUUAAUCGACAGUAUGAAGCCGAAGCAGCUGAGGAAAUUGAUCCAGCAAACGUUCGAGCAGUUUGCGUCGCUGAAGGAGGAGCAGUGCAUCAUCAAGUUCUUUGAGACAUUAUCUGUCUUUUCCAGUUUUGAUGAAGAGGUUUUUCCUUGUGAGCUGGUGCAAGGAUGGAGCAUAUCUGUGGAUCUGGUCAUCGGGCCCAAAGGUAUUCGGCAACGUACAGACAAAAGCUCUGUGCCGGUCUGUCUAGCCACAUUUGUGCAAAUUCGAAGUAUUAAGUGCAUGCCUCAGAAUGACGGAAAGACGCUGCUACAUAUAGAUAUAGAAGGAGCUAAACAGCCUUUGUCCAUCAGCACAGCCUCUCUGGCCAUCGCAGAGAACAUGAUGGAUUUAAUUGAUGGCUACUGUCGUUUGGAGCAUGGAAAUGAGGCGACUUUAAUAGUACGGCCCAAAGACAGAGAAGCUAGAAUCUCUCUACCUCCUUUACCUAACAGCAGCAUGGAAAACACCAGAUCUGACAGGGAAAGUUCAGAUAUUUAUGCAGAGAUACCAGAAGAUGCACCAGUUCCAACGUGUAAAUUCAGCAUCUCACGAAACGACAUUGUCCUCGGCCGGAUUCUGGGUGAAGGUUUCUUUGGUGAGGUGCAUGAUGGGAUCUAUAAAAGCAAGAAGGGAGAGCAGGUGAAUGUGGCUGUAAAGACAUGCAAGGACUGCUCAGCUGAUGUGAAGGAGAAGUUCAUGAGUGAAGCUUUGAUCAUGAAGAAACUGGACCAUCUGCACAUCGUGAGACUCAUUGGAAUUAUUGAAGAGGAUCCCGUGUGGAUUGUCAUGGAGCUGUACCAGUACGGAGAGCUAGGAAUUUACCUGAUGGAGAACAAGCACAAAUUAAGCAAUGUCACGCUGAUCCUGUACUGUCUUCAGAUCAGUAAAGCUCUUGCUUACCUAGAGGGUGUUAACAUGGUACACAGGGACAUUGCUGUGAGAAACGUGCUGGUCGCCAAACCAGACUGUGUGAAGCUGGGAGACUUCGGCUUGUCCCGAUACAUAGAAGAGGAGGAGUAUUACAAAGCCUCCGUGAGUCGAUUACCUAUCAAAUGGAUGGCGCCGGAGUCCAUCAACUUCAGACGCUUUACCUCGGCGAGUGAUGUCUGGAUGUUUGCUGUGUGCAUGUGGGAGAUCAUGAGUAGAGGUCUGCAGCCGUUCUUCUGGCUGGAGAACAAGGAUGUGAUAAACCAGCUGGAGCAGGGCAUCCGUCUGCCCAAACCUGAGCAGUGCCCGCCGACCCUCUACUCCCUCAUGACCCGCUGCUGGGCCUACAGCCCCCGCGAGAGACCCAGCUUCACUGAGCUCGUGUGCAAGCUGAGUGAUGUUCAUAAUAUGGAGAAGGAAGUGGAGGUGGAGGAGCUGAGAGGCAGAACUCGCUCCAUAAAUAUAAACCCAUUUACUGAUGCUCCACCGAAGCCGUCAAGAAUGAAACCAUCAGGUUUCAGCACUCUCAAACCACAUCUACAUCUCCAGGUGAUUUUUUUCCUCCUAUUAAGUCUGUAGUUGCUUUAAUUGCAUAAAAUGCAGCCUCUUUGUAGUGAUAAGUAGAUGAACUAAUAUGAACUUUUCUCCCAUCAAAUUC